UGUGUUUGGAAUUCCUGCUCUGGAGGUCUCCUUGAACCCUGCCCUCUGGGAGCUGCUGGGCUCAUCUUCCGUGGCAUCUCCUGGUGAUCUGUGUCACCUCCAAGGAACCUGUGUCACAUCCAAGGGACCUGUGUCACCUCCAAGGGAUCCGUGCCAGAUCUCUGAGCCUGUAGGAAAGCAGCUGCUGCAGAGACAGGAUCAGCUCUUCACUUUCCACACAUCAGGACAGCCCUAGGAUGGGGUGAGCGUUUCCCUGCCUGCCAUGGAUUUUCCGCUUCCCUUCCCAAAGGACAGGGAACAUCUCCUGUCUAUCCAAGGGGGUGAUGGUGUCACUCCUCAGCUCCUGUGACCCACCAGGGAUCACCUCCACAAGCUGUGCUGAUGUUCCUGAAGCACAGAGAGGGAAGAUCUUCUGGGAUUCCAGAGAGCUGCACGUUCUGAAGCAAACAUUAAACAGCAAAAAGAGAGCUGGGAGCCAGAGCCAUCCUCACAUGAGCUCUCACUCCAGCUACAAAGCAGUUUGGCUCAGAGAAGGCAGCCACAGCCAGAAAAUUGGGAAAUUUUAAAACUCCUGUGUAAACCAGAGCCCUCACAGGGACAAGAGAGCAGGAGGUGUCAGAGUAAAACAGCCGCGUAUCUUCCAAGAAAAGCUGGCGUUUUCCAAGGGAACCCAAGCGGAGGUGCCUCAUUAAGAGAACGGGGCAGGACAAACAUUCCCAUGGCGAGCUGGGCCUUGGAGCUGCUCGGCUUCUCCCUGAGCCUGCUGGGCCUAAUUGGGACGUUAAUUACCACCGUCCUGCCGCACUGGCGGCGCUCGGCGCACGUGGGCAGCAACAUCAUCACGGCCGUGGCCUACGUCAAGGGGCUGUGGAUGGAGUGCGUGUGGCACAGCACCGGCGUCUACCAGUGCCAAGUGCACCGCUCCCAGCUGGCGCUGCCCGCCGACCUCCGCGCCGCCCGGGCCAUGAUGGUCAUCUCCUGCCUGCUGGCCGUGCUGGCGGCCGGCGUCGCCGUGGUUGGCAUGAGGUGCACGCACUGCGCCGAGGACAGCCCCGCCAAGGCCUCCAUCGCCGGCUCCGGCGGGAUCGGCUUCGUGGCGGCCGGGCUGCUCUGCCUUGUGCCGGUGUCGUGGAGCACCAACGACAUCGUUAUGGAUUUCUACAACCCCACGCUUCCCGCUGGGAUGAAGUAUGAGAUAGGGCAGGCUCUUUAUCUGGGGUUUGUCUCCUCGGCCUUGACCAUCCUGGGCGGUGCCCUGCUGUGCACGUCGUGCCUCGGGAACGAGACGCCUUUCCAGUUGCAUUCCAGGCCCGGAGAGCCUCCCUCCUCCAGGAGCGCCUCCAAGGGCAACCACGCUCCUUCCCUGACAUCUGCAUCCCACAGCGGCUACAGGCUGAGUGACUACGUGUGAGUUCCGCGGGAUCUUGGCCUCGGGAAUCCCGUGUGCGCCACCAGGGAACUCGGAACCGGCGUUGAAGUUUAGCGUUGUUUAUUCCUUCCUUUUCUUCCCUGAGGAGGAAAGGAUGUGGACACAGAACUGCUGCCUGCAAAACCUGGAAAAUAAAGGCAAAGGAGGCUGAGAUGUUCCCAAGGCAGCACAUCCCUGUCUACCUCCAAUCACAGCUUUGCAGGCAGGUAAUUCAAGGGGUAUUUUGUUAAAAAUAACGGUUCGGUUUGGAGUCGGUGCCCUGUGAAGCAGAACUGGCCACAUCUCUUUGUUUCUUCCCAAAAAAAGACAGUUUCCCCUAAAACCUGGAAUUUCUUGGGGAUACACAGUGAUUUCCAGCACUGACUGCCUGCUCGGUUCCUCAUUUCCAUAAUUCAUGAAUGUUUCGUCAUGACAAGGUAUUAAUUUUGCUUUGACUUAACCCUUUGUUUGUUUUUUUAGAGUCCCUUGAAAUAAGAAUUUCAGUGGCACCGUGACAGAUGUAUUUGACAGCCUGUUACAGCCAAUAUUUGAAGUUAUAUUGCAAUGUUUUGACCUGAUCAAAAUAAAAUUUCAGCGCAUUUUUGAAAUGCAUCACAAGGGAGACAAACCCUCUCAGAAUUGGGGUUUUUUACAAACUUCAGGAAUAGAAUGGAACCAGACAUUUGAUAGUAAAUACACUUUAAAAAUUAAAAUUAAAAAGUCUCAGAAUUUGUCACGUUUAGCUUUUGAGCAGAUUUAGCAUCCUACACAAUCUCUGCGUUAUAGGGAGUGGAAAAACCAUUUCUAGAAUCCUGUUCCCAAAUCCCGUGUAAUGAAACUCAUUUCUUAGGAUGAAUGCUGGUAUUUUGUGCCUGAAGGUGCAUUGGGGUUAGCAAGGAUAUUUCCAUCCCCUCCAGUGAUUUUUGGGGAACUUCCAGUGGGGCACAAGGCACCCUCCAUGCCAACAUUCAUGGACUGUGACCACUGCUUGUCAGGAGUACCAAAUCCAGACAUUUCCUUCCAAGAUCCUUACAAAAUUCCGUCGUUCCACAGGGCAUUCAAGCAAUCAAAAAUCAAAAUAAUGAGCAAAGAAGCCCAGCACUCUCCAUUUCACAUUACAGGCACACAUAUCGUGACAUAAAAUUAUGA